AUGAGUCGUCGGCUAUUAUUCGUAACAUUUGUUCAUGGCUUUUUGUCCCAAUUCGGUGACAUUCUUAUGUCCUGUUUGAAUCUUCUGAACGUGCCUAUUAGAAGGAUGUUCAACCAGAGCAUAUCCGAGCACUACGGUCCCGUUGAAAACCAACAGAUUCAUGCUAUUCACAGAUUCGAAUGGAUCUAUGCUGCCAGCGCAUCGACGAUGAUGUUGGGACUAGUGAUUGGGUUCUUUAUUAUGGGCGAUCUCAUGGAUCGAUUUGGAAGGAAAGAAACAGCGAUAGUACUGAGAUGUCUACUGGGACUCUCCAGCGCCGGAGCGAUGAUUCUUUCGUUCGUUACGACACGCUUCGAAUUCUAUGUGUUUGGACACUUCUUAGUUGGAAUCGUUGCGGCAUUGAAGGUUGUGCUGCUCAUCUACCUUGCCGAGUGCAGUCCUGAUGACAAGCGAGGGUUCACAUCUAUGGUUGUCAACUCCGGUGGAGUGCUGAUGGUUCUUGUUCUGACGCCGCUCUGUCUUCCAAGCCUUACCGGUUCCGACAGCCUAUGGUGUUUACUUCCCUUGUUUUGUGGCUUGAUGGCCAUUGCUCAUCUAAUGAUCGCAAUACGUUUUCCCCAGAGUCCCAAGCAGCUGUACAUUCAGGAAUACAAGGAGCAAGAGGCUAGGGCGGCAUUACAGUUUUACUACGGAGACCACUACAAUAUAGGUUUGUGA